GCUCGGUUCUGGCCUUUCCUCGGCUGCUGCCUUCCACAGAUAGAUAGGCCGGGUCCUCCACAGAUAGGACCCGCCCACCGCCACGGCCUCGCCCCUCCGCCUGGGCGGAACCCUCGGGAUCCGGGUGAGUGUGCUGGAGGCGUUAGCUUGGGGUCGCGGCCAGCUCCAGGCCUCAGCGACUUGGCAGGCGGAUCCGAGAGAGCGGCUGGGAGCGAGCGCAGCUGCAGGACUCCACCCUUUCCCAUCUGAGGAUUUCAGGUCGUUCCAAGCAAUUCCUGCCAAGAUGGCGCCUGCCGGAGACUCCCCUGCCAGUCCCCGGGAUGCAGCAGAUCAGAACUUCGACUACAUGUUUAAACUGCUCUUGAUUGGGAAUAGCAGUGUGGGCAAGACCUCGUUCCUGUUCCGAUAUGCUGAUGACUCUUUCACCCCCGCCUUUGUGAGCACUGUGGGCAUUGAUUUCAAGGUCAAGACAGUCUACCGACAUGACAAGAGGAUCAAACUACAGAUCUGGGACACAGCAGGCCAGGAGCGCUACCGGACCAUCACCACAGCCUACUACCGAGGAGCCAUGGGCUUCUUGCUCAUGUACGACAUUGCCAACCAGGAGUCCUUCUGUGCUGUACAGGAUUGGGCUACACAGAUAAAGACCUACUCCUGGGACAAUGCUCAGGUCAUCCUUGUGGGGAACAAGUGUGACCUGGAAGAUGAACGGGUUGUGUCUGCUGAGGAUGGCCAGAGGCUCGCCAGUGACCUUGGUUUCGAGUUCUUUGAGGCCAGUGCCAAGGACAACAUCAACGUGAAGCAGGUGUUUGAACGCCUGGUGGAUAUCAUAUGUGAGAAGAUGAACGAGUCCUUGGAACCCAGUCCCAGCCCUAGCAGCAAUGGGAAGAGCCCUGCCUUGGGUGACACCCCACUUCCCCAGAGUAGCAGCUGCAGCUGUUAAGAGCGGCCCUUGGUUCCCCACACACCCCUGUUCCCUGCUGCCACACCCCCAGGACUGCAACUGAGGUGCUAGCCUUAGGGGCUGUCUCUAAGCUCAGGGCACCCCCUUUCCCUCCUGUCUAUUGCCCCCCUCCUCCUGCACAACUCCCUGUCUCCCUUUCUGUCAAUGUUGAUGUGCUCAGACAGCCCUGGUCCCAACCAACAAACCCAAGGGGCUCAGCUCAGCAUUGGGUGCUAGGCUAGCUGCAUUCCAGGGCAUUUAAAUGGGGUGGCUUUAGGCAGCAUGUCCUGCUGUGAGUGAUGGAAGGGAAGUCCACCCUACAGCUGCUUUGCAGGUAUAUAAUCUACUCUGGGUAUUGCCUCGUGUGUAGAAGCCAGGCAAAGAUGUCACUUGGUAUAGGCUGUCCCACUUAACCCCAGAAUAUAUGGAGGCAGCCUCUCAUCUCAGGUCCCCCAGCCUGGCCUUGAACCUGCCCAUGAACUGCCUACUUAAACCAAGCACCCAAGCAGGGCUUGCAUUCCAAACCUCUGCUUGCUUACCAUCUACAGAAAGCCUAUUUUCUCAUUUUACAAGGGACAGAAAGUCAGCCACCUCUGGCAUCAGGGACCCUCAAAGUGCCUUCCAAGCUCCCUCUGAACUCACAUUCAGUGUGUGCGCUGACCCACUGCAUCACUCAUUGGGAAUCAAAUUCUGGAAUACUCCAGGGUCCAUCAUAUGGGGUCCGAGAACUGCUUCCCCCUUAGCUGUCCUGCUUUGUGUCAGGAGGUCCCCUCAGAGGUAGGGGACAAAGGCCUCUGGCUCAGGCCCCCAUCUGUGUCUGCCUGGUUGUAUUUUAAUCAAGAGCAUUCCAAAUCAUAUCCUGCUUGGAGGAAAUUGAGAAAGCAGCCUGUGGUGUGUGCUUGCUGGUCAAUUUCUGAAUGGGGAUUUGGGUUUUCCCAACCCCAGGAUCUUUGAAGACCCAGUGUCUGUGUCAUUUGUGGGCCCAUGGAAUGUGAAAUUUGUGUUCUCUUUGGA